ACGCAGAAAAUGAAAAACGAGUCAAAUCCAAUUCCCCAAGUUGUUUCUUCCUUUGCAUUGAAACACAAUAUCCGACCAAACCAUCAAAACCGAACAUCAUAACAUACGAUGAAGAAGAACACAAUCAUCAUGAGUUACUCCCCUGCCACUCCUAGAUCCCCUCCAAUGGAUCCCACGAUUUGGAGCAAAUUACCACCCGAAAUCCUCGAAUACAUACUCUCUUUUCUUCCUCUCAAAACCUUCCUGAGUCUCAGAUCCACUUGCAAAGGUUUUUGGUCUCUCAUAUUCUCUCCCUCCUUCAUUUCUAAACACUGUUCUUCUUCCUCCUCCUCCUCCUCUUCUUCUUCUUCUUCUUCACCCUUCUCCUCUUUUCUCUUACUUUCCCACCCUCAAUUUCACCGCCAUUUCCCUCUCUAUGAUUGCACCCAUGGCACUUGGCGCAACAUCUCUCUCUCACUCUCUGAUUCACUUCACUCAUCUCCUUCCUUCACUACUCUUGUCUCUUCUGGUGGUCUUUUUUGCUUAUCUGAUUCCACAUCAUGUUCUUUGCUCGUGUGCAACCUUUUAGCCAAAUCUUCUCGAAAGAUUCAAUACCCAAGCUUCUCUCUUCACUUGGAACAUCUUACUUUUGUUACCACCCCAACUGGGUAUAUCAUUUUUGUUCUUUGUUCUGAGUCUGCUUCAAGCAUUGCCUUUGUUUAUGACUCAAAUGUUCAAUUUUGGAAAAGAUUUGAAGGUUUUGGUCCAGUUUUAGGGGACAACCAUCACCAACAAGGAGUUUUCUGUAAUGGGGGGUUGUAUUUUGCGACCACAGAACCUUUUUCAGUGGUGAUCUUUGAUUUGGAGAAUGGAAAGUGGGAGAGACCCAUUGGGGAGUUACCGAGCCAACUCACCUUUGUUCGAUUGGUGAGUGAUGGAGAGGGAAAGUUGUAUUUGGUAGGUGGGGUUGGGAACAAUGGAAUAUCAAGGAGCAUUAAGUUGUGGGAAAUGGGUGAAGAUGGGAAUUGGGUGGAAGUGCAGAGUUUGCCCGAUCUUAUGUGCAGAAAGUUUGUGUCCGUGUGUUACCAUAACUAUGAGCAUGUUUAUUGUUUUUGGCAUGAAGGGAUGAUUUGCAUUUGCUGCUACACGUGGCCGGAGAUUUUGUAUUACUUGGUUGCUAGGAGGACUUGGCAUUGGCUUCCCAGGUGCCCUUCUUUGCCUUUGAAAUGUAGCUGUGGUUUCAAGUGGUUUUCUUUUGUUCCAAAGCUCUAUGCUUUGGUCUGAACAUGUUUCGUUCCAUUUUGUUACUGUUUUUUCACUUGUUUGUGUGCAAGUGUUGGGAUUGUUGUGGGAGUUAAUUGAUCAGUUCUGGCUGUUUUGUAUAUCUAAUUUCUGUUGGUCAUAAAUUUUGAAAUCGAAUUUGU